UAGUUCACAUUUCCCCAGUCUUAGCAAAGCUUUGCAGAGAGCCAGCUGGGAGAGCAUUGCCAUGCCAAGGCUGGCAUGUGGGAAGGACUUCCCUCUGAAUUUGGGCUUGUGAGCUGGUCUGCUCAUGACACUGCCUUUGCUUUGCAAAAGGGGGAGAAGGAUAGCCAGACUGAUGGGCCAAGUUUAAGGACUCCAUAGCCCAUAAUCCCUUUCCUUCUUGUGCCCAUGCACUGCUCCUGCUUCCAGGCAUUGGUGGCUGCCUUGGCUUUGGUGGCUGGCUUGCAGCUGCUAUAUCUAGCCCUCCUUUCGGGCCUUCAUGGGCAAGAUCAACGCUCCCGCUAUGCCGAACUCUUCCAGGGACGCCGGGCAGUGCCUCACGAUGGACACAAAGAGCGGCUCAAGCGGGUCCUGGCCAGUGGGGGCCUCUUGGACGCCAGCGGUCAAUACCGCAUCUACCGGGACAUGCUGCGGGGCGAUUGGGAUGGCCAGCGGAGCCAGGACGUGGUGCUGGUCACUCACACCAGCUUGGGCAACCUGCACCAUGCCCAGCGCCUGGCCGAGCGGUGGCAGGGUCCCUUCUCGGUUGCCGUUUUCGCCCCCGGCGCGGCCGAGGUCCGCUUGGCCACUGCCACGAUCUACGCCAUCGCCGCCCUUUGCUCGCCCCUUCGGCAAUUGAUCCGGCUGCAUUUGGUGUGCCACGCAAACCAGGUGGCCGCUUUCCCUGAAUCAGGAGCCAGGGAUUUUGCCCGCCUUCAGACCUGCGGGGACGUCUUCGCCAAGCUGGCGCGGAUAGGCUCCCAUUGGCACAACUACGGCGCCAACGCAUCGUACCCCAACAACUUACUGCGGAACGUGGCAAAGAAGGCCGUGGGCAACCAGUGGGCUCUAGUCGUAGACAUGGAUAUGGUGCCCAGUGAAGGCCUGCGAGAGGCCUUCCUGGCCUUGCAGAACGAGGUGGCGAUGCCGGGGGUCUUUGUGGUGCCGGCCUUCGAGAUCCGCCACACGCGGCGCAUCCCCGGCAGCAAGGCGGAGCUGCUGCGGCUCUACCAGGUGGGCGAGACCCGGCCCUUCUACGAGGAGCUCUGCCCCCGCUGCCAGGCUCCCACCAACUAUUCCCGGUGGGUCAACCUCCCGGCCGGAGGACCCCUCCAUGUGGCCUACGAUGUGGAGUGGAAGGACCCCUGGGAACCCUUCUACAUUGGACCCCCAUCAGUGCCGCCGUACGACGAGCGGUUCAAACAGUAUGGCUUCAACCGCAUCAGCCAGGCUUGUGAGCUGCACGUGGCGGGCUUCCACUUCUCGGUCCUGAGUGACGCCUUCCUGGUCCACAAGGGCUUCAAAGUGUCUGGCGAGUUCCACCCACAAAAGGACGCCGAAAACCAGCGCAACAAAGGGCUCUUCCGGCAAUUCAAGCAGGAUCUGAAGGUCCGGUACCCCUCUUCGCCCCGACGGUGCUGACUCUGUAUCUCCAUUAAGUCAUAAAGAACUAUAUGCCUCUGCUUAUGGACUGUGGGGGAAGAAGGGGCGGCUCGUCCAUUACGCGAAGUAAGCGGUCGCAGAACACUUUUUUUGCCAGGGGCGCAGAGGCGCCUCUGUAAAUGCCCCUCGACCGCCACUUGAGGAGCGCCCCCUCAGCUCACAACAGCCCGAGCAGUCCGGGGGGAGCCUCGGCUUUCUUGCCUCGCUGCCGGGCGAUCCUUUUCCCAGAGGGGCCGGGCCCUUGAGCCUCGCCUAGCCCCUCUCGUUCCUGCUCCACCCAGCCACCGGGUGCGCGAGCAGAGCCGGCGCUUAAUCGUUCUCCGCGUUCGAUCCCUUCCCCAUGACCGGCUCCCUUUUCCGAUCCUCCGGCACUCCACCGGCCUCCUCUCCUCUCCCCAAUCUGCGGGUGGCCCAAAAUAUAUAUCAAUGAUUGGUUGGGGGGGGGGGGAUGCCAAAAUACUGUUUGCUUACCGUUGAAAAUUACCUAGGGCCGUCUCUGGGGGGAAGGAAAGCCUUGACCGAAAGGCUUCCACUCAGGAUCAGGAUGUAAAUCAGACAGGGAAUGAUAUAGGGUUUGGACUGCUCCAAAUAGGUUCGCUGCUGCUAGAAGGACUUGGGACUGGUAGGUGUUGCCUUAUGCUGAGUCCAUUUGGUCCCUUGUGGUCAACAGUCUCUCUCCAGGAAAGCAGACCCCAGGAGAUGGACAUGAUGUGGAUCACGGCUCAUGACUUUUUGCAGGACUUCCUUUGUUUUUACACUAGUUAUGGGGUUGUCCAAAGUUGUUCAAAGAAAACUUAACAACUCCUACAAAGGUUAGGACCUAGUUCUGGAGGAAAUAACCCAUAUGGUCAAGAUUGCUUUCAACGCAUAGUCACAGUACUAGCAUAUGUGUUUGUGUGUGUAUAUAUACACAGUAGAGUCUCGCUUAUCCAACGUAAACAACGUAAAAGGGGGAUGUCAGAUAAGAGUGUUGGAUAAGAUUGAAUGUUGGAUAAGCAUAGGUCGGAUAAGUGAGACUACUGUACACACAUACACACACACAGAAAGUGUGUAUGUAUGCACACAUUUUCUUUGUGGCUCUUUUAUUCCUUUCUCCAGCUCCCUCAUAUGCUUUCCCCUCUUCUUCCUUCCUUUCUUCCUUCCCUUCCUUUUUUAAUUCCCUCCCUUCCUUCAUCCUUUCUUUCUUCUUUCCUUCCCUCCCUCCCGUUUUUGCUUUUCCUUUCUCUUAGAAUCAUAGAAUCAAAGAGUUGGAAGAGACCUCAUGGGCCAUCCAGUCCAACCCCAUUCUGCCAAGAAGCAGGAAUAUUGUGUUCAA